CGAGAAGCACCAGAAGGACGAAAGGCGAAAACAACAACAACACGCACCAAAUCGUCGCCGUCGCCCCGUCUGGCUUUUAUCUUCCCGAAAACGCUCGUUUGCUCAUCGACGGUGCGAUGCUGUAGAAACGACUUGGGGGCCUCGUACGAGAACGACGUCGUUCUCCGUCCGACGCACUAUAGCUGUUCCGGUCUUGAAAGAGGGAAUCAUGGAGUUGCUCAAGCAAAAUCUCAGGCUGGAGCCGGAGGACGAGGAAAGGGUGGUUUACCAGCAACCCCCAGAACUUUUUGCCCAGGGCUUUGUCCUUAUGGAGGAAAUCCGGCGACAGGGCAAACUGUGCGACGUCACCCUCAAGGUUGACGACCAAAGUUUCACUGCGCACCGCAUCGUUUUGGCUUCGACCAUUCCAUACUUCAACGCCAUGUUCACCAACGACAUGGUUGAGAGCAAGCAAAAAGACAUCACCAUUCAAGGCAUUGACGCAGAAGCUUUGGAGGCGUUGGUGAAUUUUUCAUACAGUGGCCGAGUGUCCAUCGACAACAACAACGUGCAGUCACUCAUGAUCGGCGCGUCGUUCUUGCAGCUGCACAAAGUGCGCGAUGCGUGCGCCUCUUUCUUAAUGGGAAAAUUGCAUCCGCAAAAUGCACUUGGGAUAUGCAAUUUUGCCGACACCUUGAGUUGCUUAUCGCUCGUCCAAGCUGCGGAAAAAUUCAUCCAGCACCACUUUGCCGAAGUGUCCGUCACAGCAGAGUAUCUCAACUUGCCAAUCCAAAAUGUCUCAGAUCUGACUUCCAGUGACCAGCUUCACGUAGCAUCAGAAGAAACAGUCUUUGAAGCAGUGCUUCGUUGGGUGAAAAAGGACCCGGCUGCAAGAACACAGCAUUUGCCGCAACUCCUUUCUCUUGUUCGCCUGCCCCUUCUCACACCUCAAUAUCUGGCAGACAGAGUUGCGACGGAAGAGUUGAUCAAAGGCUCACAUAAGUGCAGAGAUCUGUUAGACGAGGCUAGAGAUUAUCACCUCCUUCCGGAAAGACGAGGUUUGGUGCAAGGGUUCAGAACCAGGCUACGAAGCUGUCACUGCAUGGUCGGACACAUAUUUGCUGUCGGCGGCUUGACUAAAUCAGGUGAUUCUUUGAGCACAGUCGAAGCCUUUGACCCCAUCACCGGUCGAUGGGAUCAAGCAGAGCCGAUGAGCAUGUUGCGAAGCAGAGUAGGGGUUUCUGUGAUGAGGGGAAAAUUGUACGCCAUUGGUGGCUACAACGGCACUGAAAGAUUGUCAACGGUGGAAGUUUUUGAUCCCGUGCAAAAAAUAUGGAACAAAGUUGCUCCAAUGCACUACAAAAGAAGUGCCGUAGGGGCUGCUGCUCUUGGCGAUCGGCUCUAUGUCUGCGGCGGAUACGACGGAAUCACCUCACUGUCCACAGUUGAAUGCUACCAUCCCGACAGAGACGUUUGGAAGCUCGUGCCGGAGAUGAACAAGCACCGAAGUGCAGGCGGAGUAGUAGCUUUCGAAGGACACAUUUAUGCACUCGGUGGUCAUGAUGGUCUGUCAAUUUUUGAUUCGGUGGAAAGAUAUUCUCCCCAUACUGGACAGUGGACAUCCGUGACUUCCAUGCUCACUCAAAGGUGUCGUCUCGGAGUGGCAACGCUCAAUGGAAAGCUCUAUGUGUGCGGUGGCUAUGACGGCUCAACUUUUCUCGAAACGGUCGAAGAAUAUGAUCCAGUAAAAGACAAAUGGAGUUUCAUUGCGCCCAUGAAUGUGAUGAGGAGCAGAGUUGCUUUGGUGGCAAACGCAGGCAAGCUUUGGGCCAUUGGUGGCUAUGAUGGGGUCAGCAACCUUUCCACUGUUGAGUGCUACGAUCCUGAAACCAACAAGUGGAGUUUUGUGUCUCCGAUGUGCGCUCACGAAGGAGGAGUCGGGGUCGGUGUUGUGCCGAUGGUGUCUGCUGCGCUGCACCAGCCGUGGGAGUCGGUGAGAACUAGUCUUUAAAAAUGCACAUAAUACUUGGUAGGAAAAAUCUCAAUUGUAAAUUAACAAAUUUUCCAUUAAUUGCAUUUCAUUUUUUGACUGGUCAAGUCUUGAAAAUUCUAUUGAAUACAACCUGAAAAAUUGGUACAGGAAUGUUGCUUGAAAUUUAAAAGUUAAUCUGAGAAAUUGAUUGUUUUAAGACUGUUAUUAUUUAUUUCUUGCCAAUGGCAACAUUUAAAAUGUUAGCUUGGUUUAUUGAAGCAAUAUGUUUAGACCGACGCCUUUCAUUACAGCUCAUGGCAUUGUUUAUUGAGAGUUUAGUUGAUAAAUUUUCCAUUUUUAACCUCUGACCCUAUUCCAUAGUUUUCUUUUUUGAAGGUCGGAUAUAUAUUAAAUGAAUAUUCCACAAAGGCAUUUUUGCCGAUUUUGCUAUAAUUAUUAUAUUAUUUGUGAUGGUGGAAAAGACUUAUAUAAUUUCCAUGUAAUUUUCAAUCGUAUUGUUUGAGUCAUUUGAAAUGAAUUCAUUGAAUUUUCCCAAA